AUGGCGAAAGCGGUAUGUAACCAUGGCUUCUUCAUGAUGGCUCCAAACGUGUGGGACCCCAAAUCUAAGUCACUAACUCGACCUUUGACCCUUUCAAAUUCCUCUUCUGUCAGUGUGACAAUCUCUCACCCUCGCACUCUCUCUUUUCUUGUGAUCCAAGUUCACGGCAUCAACAAUGUCUCAAGGGUCGACGAAGAACUCAUAUUGCAACAAGUGGGAAGGAUGCUGAGGAUAUCAGCUCAGGACGAUCGUGACGUGACCGAGUUCCAACAACUUCAUGAGAAUGCAAAGAAGAAUGGUUUCGGUAGAAUUUUCGGCUCCCUCCUUCUCUUUGAAGAUAUGGUGAAAUUCAUCCUGUUGUGUAACAAUACUUGGGAGAGAACACUAGGUAUGGCUUCUAGCCUCUGCAUAUUGCAAUCUAAGCUAGUUGACGGAACCAAGCUCCACGCUGUGCCCGCUGCUGAGAUUCCAGGUUUCCAGGCGGCAUCAGAUCUACAAAUAAUCCCCUCCUCUCGGGGCCGUAAAUGUGUGAUCGGUUUGGGUCAGUGGAUCGGUGGAUUUUCCUGGGCGUUUUGCCAUUCUCUUCCCCCUGUGAUUGCUUUGAUCAAAGUUUCCUCAAUAGUGAAGAACCGCUCCUGA